UGGAACAACGAAUGAAGAACAAUCGUACAAGAUUUAUGAAAACGUUUCAAUUUGUUGAGGAACAAUUGUUGAGCCCAUUGAGUGCUUUUGAGUUUUGUGACUCAGAUUUGUUCCAAGAAACCAUACAAAGCUCUGAAGUUGUAUCUACCUCAAAUUACUGCCACGGAGAACAGUCUUUUUACACCACGGACCUUACAUUUCCGCCCAAUAUAACCAAAUGCCCAUCUCUCGUGGAUGAUGUCACCACGACUACCACCAAUGACUUACCUUUAAUAUUCGAAGAAAAAUUCGCUGAUGAUGGCCUUUCUACCCCUCUUGACCUCACAAACACUUCUGUUUUCACUAACCAUCAAUACCCCAAUUGUAACCAAGUCCAUUAUGAUCUCUCUUUGCUCCAAAACCAAAUGCCUCCAACAACAAAUAAUAACACCACAUCUAAUGAUCCUAUCUUUUCUUUCCAUUAUGAAUUUUCAAAUGAUCACGAUUUUCCCAUUAUCGGGUCAAACACAUUGCAAAGUAUAUGUGAAAAAGACAAUCUAUCAUCUAUCCAUCCUUCGUCUUCCAACUAUUCUUUCAUUGACCCGUCCAUAAAUUCAUACCUUCCAAGGUUAAAAGAGGGUUCAGAAAUUUUUAGCGAAAACUUUCUCUUAGGAAACGACAUUCAAACUCAUGAACUUGAAUUUCAAGGAGAAAACACUGUAAACUUUUGUACCGAUCCUCUACCACAUUCUUUCAACUCCAGUGAACUUAAGGCACUUAGCAAUGAAGAUCAACAUCUUAGAAACAAUGUUGGGAGUUCUACAUCUCAAUUGGCAGCGGAAAUCAAAAGUAUGGAGUCAGAAACCUUCAGAGGUGCCAACAAACUCACAACUGAAGAAAGAAAAAAGAAGAUCCAUAAAUACAUGAUGAAAAGAAACCAAAGGAAUUUCAGCAAGAAAAUCAAGUAUGCAUGCCGGAAAACUUUGGCAGAUAGUCGGCCACGAGUAAGAGGAAGAUUUGCAAGGAACGAUGAGUUUGGGGAGAGCAACAGAACCAACGACAACCACGAAGAAGUUAUGCACCAUGAAAUGAGAUUUUUCCAUGGUGUCGUGAAAGAAGAAGAGAAAGAGAAAUUUGAAUCGUCAGAAAUUUUUGCACAAUUUAGAGGACUCAAUUCAUUUACAUACAGCAACUACCCAAUGAAACAACUGAUUUGAAUCCAAUGUGAUGAUGUUGCCUUGCUAAAAUCUAUCCUUGUGAAAAAAUAUGAUAUAUAUAAAAUUUUACGUCUAAAUGGAGUAGCUAGACAAACUUACCAUCGAGUUCAUCAUCUUUAUAAAUUAUGUAUUUUUUGUAUAUACGACUA